AAUCGAUCUUGGGGGGAAAAUAUUGCCUAUGGUCCAAAAAUAAGGAGCGACUAUGUCCUUCUCCCAGUUCGGAUACCCCUACAGCACCACUUCACAGUUCUUCGUGUCCGGCAACCCCAGCAUGACCUGCUGCGAGGCUGCGCCCCGCUCCGCGCCGGAUGCCUCCUCGGCGCCGGCCUCCGCGUCCCUGUGCUGCGCCUCGUACGAGAGCCGGCUGCUGCCGCCGGGCCGCGCAGAGCUCAAUGCGGCGCUGGGCAUGUACGCUGCCCCGAUCGCCGCUGGCCAGGGCUACGGAAGCUACCUGCCCUACGGCACCGAGCCCGCCACGCUCUACUCCGCGCUGAACCCCCAGUAUGAAAUCAAGGACGGCGCCGGCACGUUGCACUCGGGAAUCGCGCAGUCCGCUGCCUACUACUCCUACGAUCAUUCCUUCGGGCAGUACCAGUACGACAGGUAUGGGACAGUGGAUUUCAGUGGCUCUGCUAGACGCAAAAACGCAACGCGGGAGACGACGAGCACCCUCAAGACCUGGCUGUAUGAGCACCGGAAAAACCCCUACCCCACCAAAGGAGAGAAAAUCAUGCUGGCCAUCAUCACCAAAAUGACCCUGACCCAAGUGUCCACUUGGUUUGCUAACGCCAGACGGAGGCUCAAGAAAGAAAACAAAAUGACCUGGUCUCCCAAGAACAAAGCGGGGGAAGAAAAGAAAGAACCAACCCCGCGGGAAGAGGAGGAGUACAGCGCGGAGGACGAAGGCAGAGAGCACAAGAACUGCAAAGAGGACAAGGAGCUGCGGUUCAGCGACCUGGAGGAGGCGGAGGAGGAGGAAGAGGAGGAGGCGGGGAAGCCGGAGAAGGGCCGGGCCAGCUCCCUGCAGGAACCCCCCAGCAUCGCCGCGGCUCCUCCCGAGGCUCUGCGGAGCAACUGCAGCCUGCCCGGCGCCUUCCGCACCUUCCCCUGCGCAAAGGCCCCAGCCGCGGACUUCGCACCCCCAGCCCUGUCCGGCCCGCCGCCGCCCUACGUGUCCGCGGAGAAGCCGCGCAUCUGGUCGCUGGCGCGCACCGCGGGGGCCAGCGCUGCGCGCAGGGGCAGCCCCGAGGGCGGCGGCGCGGCGGGGGAGCAGCCCCUGCCCGCCAAGGCCUUUCGGAGCUCCGCUUUCAACCUGCAGCCGCUCCCGCAGAGCUGCGCGUCCCACCGCGGCCUGGGGGAGUCAUGCCAGUACGCGGCGGCGGGCGAAGGCUUCGGGCGGGGCGCCAAGGGCGGCCCGGAAGGCUCCGAGCUGGGCGGGCAGUGCCUGGACAGGCUGCGGACGGCGUUCCGGCCGGUGCUGCGGUGGUGAGAGCCGCCUGCCCUUUCCUGAGGAGUGGUGACGGGGAUCUGACUGCAGCGAGACUCUCGGCUUGACACAACGAAAGCAAGCUCUCCCUGGCCCGGCGGCGACCUCUCCAGCCACAGGCCCGUUGAUCUGCCAUCGCCGGGACAAGGACCUGCUGCUCACCAGGGGGCGAGGGGCGGCGGGCGGAACGGUUCCCCGCGGGACCGGACCCCCGCCGCCCGUUGGUUCAGCACCCCCAGAAACACCUCUGCCACAACAACAACAACAAAAAGACUGAUCUCCCUUUGUUCCCUACGUCGUGGUUCGUUUUUCCUUCUCCCUCUUUCCCCGCUCAGGGCGCAGUUGCCCGAGGCCGCUCCGCGCCGUCCCGUGGAGGGAGGAGUGGCGCCGGUCACACCGAGCGGUUUCUUUCCCGUGACUGUAAUAGACAGCGCUGGAAGUAUUGUCAGAGUCCCCAGUAAACACGGGUGAACUGACCGCCGUGAAGCCCCUGUGACCCCGGGAGCGCUUUAGCCAGGAGUGGCUCCGGGCACCGGAGCAGGACGUUGUUAGUGUGUCAGUGAUGUCGGUCAGUCAAAAGAGCAGUGCUGCAUUUUACAGAACAGACGAGAAAGGGAAACCGUAUCUCUGCAUUAUUUCUGUUUAAUUACAAGUGUCAUCAAACACUUUGUGUUCAGACUAAUAAACCAAGCAGGGAUGAUGAAAGAAUGUUUCUUUGUACCUGUCUCUAGAAGCAGUGGCAAUAAUUUAAAUUAAUAACUGUGGUAAUUAAGAGGUCAUGUAUAGAUCAACCUGAUACCUGCUAUUUCCAAGUUCACCAGGGUCAACAUUUACAUUAAGUCACUUGUGGUCAAUAGAGUCCAAUGAAUUCUGCCUUAAUAAAUCAGGGAAAUCAAUCUUGAA